AUGACAAACAAGAAAGGGCAAGACCCCAACUUGUACUGUGAUUUUCAUAAAGACUCAGGGCACUUGACCGAUGAUUGCUAUAGUUUGCGCCAAGAGAUUGAGAAAGCGCUAAAGAAUGGUAAGCUAAGCCACUUGGUGAAGAACGUGCGCAAAGAAACCCGUCAGCUCCAGCUCCACGACAAAAGAAAUCACAAGAAAGUCCGACGCUUAGAGACCCACAUGGUCAACGGACCAAGAUACAACGCGAAAGUGAAAGGCAAACGCCCCUAUGAGCCUUCAUGGCAAGAGCAACAGGUCAUUUUUCCGGUAGUGCGCGGCGGUCCUCGCGCCACACGACCCGUCGUCAUUACCGGUAUCAUCGGCCAUUAUGAAACGGAGUACAUAUUCAUUGAUCCAGGAAGUACAGCUGACAUCAUUUAUGAGCAGUGUUUUAACCAAUUUGAUGAAGAGGACAAGGCGAGACUCGAGCCAGUCGAUUGUCCUUUGUCCGGAUUUUGCAAUGAGAUGGUUUUCCCCCUUGGUCAGAUCAACUUCCCCGUCACACUGUCUGACGGGAAGCAUUCAAGAACAACAAGCGUGAAUUUCAUGGUGAUGCCCGUCAAGUCGAGGCAUGAUGUGUUAAUUGGGAGGGAAACCCAAGGCGAGCUGAACAUGGUUACUUCAACUCCCCAUUCAGCGAUAGGGUUCCCAACCAAGACGGGAGUGUCAAUCAUCUACGCCAAGAAAGAAGUAAUGUCAACUGAAGAAUUACGCCCAGCAAAAGCGACGAAGGUUUCAGCAACCGAGCCUGAAAAUGGGUUUUAA